CCUGUGCGGUGUUUGACUAAGAGAGGAGCGCGUCUGAUUUUGAGACCAGCCCGUGUGAUUGCAGCCCGCUCUCUAGCGUUGCAGUAGCCCUGGUCUUUCCUUUCCGGACUAUAGAACACCUUAGAUGGGCUCAAUGAGGGCGUACACGGUGCUGAUGUGGUUGCUGAUACUUCUGGUGACGGUUGCCACGGGGAAUGUCCCAGUCUAUAUGAGGGACAAACCCAGGUCGAUACGGGGCUUCAAGAACCACGCACUGUCCACGGCUCGCGGUUUCGGCAAGAGAGCAGACUCUGAGAUGAUCAGUCCUGACAUGCCACCGACUAAUGAGGCUAACAGUUUCCCAGCAGAUUGGUUUGCAGAUGAACUACAAAAUAACGGCGAGCUGGCACGACUAAUAGUUCACAAGUUCAUAGAUUCGAAUCAGGACGGAGAGCUGUCUGCAGAUGAACUGUUAAGGCCAUUGUUUGAAAAACCACAAGCUAUCCCAUAUAAGUAAACCCACGACUAAAGCCUGGAGACACUGGAAGGCUUCGAACAACUACAAGUUAUCUUUUAUUAGAUUUAGAGUUUAAAACCAAUUUUAGGAAAUUUUUUAACUAGGUAUUAAUCUGUUCCCUGCAAUUCUUGUAUUGUUCCCAUAUGUUACUUGGACAAAUUUAUCACAACGGAAAGAAUGACGAAAAACAUAACGUAAGGAGAGGUAUAGACAUAAAAUUGUUAAUUUUUGGUAGAAAUAUGACUCUUGCACUUAUACUGUACUUUGGUUUGUAGCCACUUUUUAAAUGUGUUUGGUUCGAUUUCGACCGUAAAGUGGUCAUCUUAAAUUGAAGGAUGGCCAUAUUCUUUUAUCAUUUUCUUACCUAUAGUUCAACCAUUUUAUGCUGUGUAUAAAGUAAACCAUGUCUAACAGCCACAUCAGUUGCUUAGUUGCAGGUUUGUGCUGCACAAGUGUAUGCAAUAUACAGUAUUUGUAAAGUAAUGUCUUAACAAAGAGCGUUACUUCAAUUUGAUUCUAAUU